AUGGCCCCCUCUACUCCCACUACCAACCCUUUCGCCGCCAUGAGGAACUUUGGUGGUAUGAUGUCGUCUGCUCUUUCCUUCGGCGAUAGGUCGCGCCAAGUCUCCUCCCUUGGGCUCGGCACUCUCUCUUUGGGGGAACCGUCCGGCGCUGCCUCGCCUCCUCGCUCCGCUUCUCCUCCCGCUGCUUCUCCGGCCGCUUCUCCCCGCGCUGGUUCUCUCUCUCCGGAGUCAGAGCCUUCCGUCGUCGAAACUGGUCCUCCCGGUCCUCCUGCCACCUCCCCUCGCCGCAGGACGCCCGCCUUCCGUCCCGGUGAGUCUCCAUCCUCCUCCGACCUGGACGUUAGUGGAAGCUCGGAGUCGGGUGAUCAACCCGACGACGAAGACAAUGAGGAUGACGAAGAAGAUGAGGAUGAGGAUGAUUUGGAGGGUAGUGUUGAUCGUGAAGGUGAAACCGAGUUAGAAGAAUACUCGGAAGAUGAUAUGGAGGUGGAUAGAGUAGAGGACAACGACCCACUUCUGUCCCCCCCCCCUGCCCAACUCGCGGGUCAGAAACGACGCCGUUCCCUCUCCUCUUCUUCUUCUUCCUCCUCCUCCUCUUCCGAAGUUCUCCCCCCGCCCGACGCCAUUGCCGCUGCCGCCGCUGCUGCUGCUGCCCGCCGUGCCGCCACCGUCUCCCGCCCUGCCGCCGCCGACACUCGCCCUGUCGCCGCCGAACCCGUCGCGGCUACCCUUCCUUCUCCCAGAGGGGAGCCUUCGCCCAAACGGGUGAAAAGAUCAUUGCGGGAAGAAGAGUACUUGUGGGAGAAGAUGAAGUCCGAGCCUGGUCGUUGGAUUGCGGUUGGUGUUGACGAAGCGUGUGAUCGUUGCCGACGUGAGAUUAUCACGUAUAAUCGUCCAAAUUGGCCCUGCCUCAAGGCAGUCAGGCCACACAACAAGGCCCUCCGUUGUGCUUCAUGCACGUCUGGCCCCUGCUCCUUCUGUCCCGUUUCCUCUGCCCGGGACAUCCCGCCCCGUCCCUUCGACGCUUCUCCCCUCCCCCCUCCCCAGACUCCAGCGUCUGUCCCCCGUUCGCGGGUACCGUCUUCGUCCCUCCGGUCGGUUCGCCGAACUUCGCCGUCCUCCCGCUCGUCACCUCCCUCGCCCUCGCCCUUUGUUCCUGUGGCCGGCCCGUCGCAUCUCCCGGCUGCUCCUCCUUCGUCCUCCCGUCGUCCUUCGGCCUCUCGUCCUUCGGCCCCUCGUCCGUCCUCUCCUGUGGUGGCUUCUCCUCCGGCCCACGGCACCCGAAGUCGCCGUCCUUCUGCUCCUCCGGCCACCCCAGCGGCCGCUCCUGUCACCGAGUCCCCUGCUUCCAAGAAGACCCCGAAGUCUUCUUUAAAGAAAUCAAAAGGGAAAAGGAAGGAGAAAGAGGUCGUCUUUGAAGCUGGUGAUGUGGAAGAUGAAACUACUCAGCGUGCUGGGCCUUCUGUUCCUCGGUUGUCCUUUGUCCACCCUCGCAUCUCCUUGGACCCUCGUAUCCCGGAGGACGAAAAAGAACUUGCUACGUAUCGUUCUCUCGUUCUCGGCCUCACCACUCAGCUUGACGUCGCUCGACGUGAUACAUCUCUCUUGCUUGACUUCUCCACUCGUCAAGCCAACGCCUUGAAUAACCUUUACUGCGGCGUUAGUAGAUGUAGUCAACGGUGGGAAUCUGAACGAGGAAGCAAGGACGAGGUUAGCGGACGUCUCUCGCCGAAGCCUUACUGA